GAGCUGUGGGGACACUGAAAGUUUGUGUCUGGGGCAGCGGUGGGACGUGGGCUUGUCGAGGAGGGGCUUUUCUCGCGCGGAGAGCCGUUCUCCGCCCUUCACUUUGGAUAUACCCCCAGCUUCCACCCCUGCAGCCUCCGGCCUGAUCCCUCGAUCGCCUGUCCCCCCCGGGGUGUGCAGAUCUCCGGGCGCACGGGACGGGGACGGGAGCCCCAGGCGGUCCUCUCGGGCCGGGGAGCGGACGUCCCCUUCCUCAGUGCACAAGCCACACGCACACACGCCACCCGCGCCCUCCGCGGCGCCCCAGCCAGCUCCCCCCUGCGCUCAGCAUCCCCGCCCGGCGCGGACCGCCAUGGAGGUGCUGGAGAGCGGGGAGCAGAGCGCCCUGCAGUGGGACCGCAAGCUGAGCGAGCUGUCAGAGCCGGGGGACCCCGAGGCUCUCACGUACCCCACGGAAAAGCAGCUGGCCAACAAUAAUUCCUGGGCCGCCUCUGAGUUCAGAACCUGGAAUCCAGCCUCCUGGAAUGAUCACAAAGGCUGCAGAAGGAAAACAGCCCUGCCCUCGAGGAGCCAAGCCUGGCAGGGCUGCCAGGACAGUCGCAUGCGCGAGACAAAGCCGAGCCGCACGACUCCAGGGCAGCACUUCACAGAACUUCUGGAUGAGUUUUCCCAGAACGUCCUGGGUCAGCUGCUGAACGACCCUUUCCUCUCAGAGAAGAGUGUGUCAAUGGAGGUGGAGCCAUCCCCAACAUCCCCAGCGCCUCUCAUCCAGGCCGAGCACAGCUAUUCUCUGAGCGAGGAGCCGCGGGCCCAGUCACCGUUCACCCACGUUACCAACAGCGACAGCUUCAAUGAUGAUGAAGUGGAGAGUGAGAAAUGGUACCUGUCUGCCGAAUUUCCUUCAGCCACCAUCAAGACGGAGCCAAUUACGGAGGAGUCACCCCCAGGACUUGUUCCCUCUGUCACUCUGACCAUCACAGCCAUCUCCACCCCGUUCGAAAAGGAGGAACCUCCUCUGGAAAUGAAUACUGGGGUUGAUUCCUCGUGCCAGACAGUCAUCCCUAAGAUUAAGCUGGAGCCUCACGAAGUGGAUCAGUUCCUAAACUUCUCUCCCAAAGAAGCCUCCGUGGACCACCUGCACCUGCCGCCCACCCCUCCCAGCAGCCACAGCAGUGACUCCGAGGGCAGCCUGAGCCCCAACCCGCGCCUGCACCCCUUUGGCCUGCCUCAGACCCACGGCCCAGCCCGGGUGGUGCCUCGGGCCCCCUCGGCCCUCUCCAGUUCCCCGCUCCUCACAGCGCCUCAUAAACUGCAGGGCUCAGGCCCCUUGGUCCUGACAGAGGAGGAGAAGAGGACACUGGUUGCCGAGGGCUAUCCCAUCCCCACCAAGCUGCCCCUGACAAAAUCAGAGGAGAAGGCACUGAAGAAAAUCCGGAGGAAGAUCAAGAACAAGAUUUCUGCGCAGGAGAGCAGGAGAAAGAAGAAGGAGUACAUGGACAGCCUGGAGAAGAAGGUGGAGUCUUGUUCAACGGAGAAUUUGGAGCUUCGGAAGAAGGUUGAGGUUCUGGAGAACACCAACAGGGCCCUCCUCCAGCAACUGCAGAAGCUGCAGACUCUGGUGAUGGGCAAGGUCUCUCGCACUUGCAAGCUGGCCGGCACGCAGACUGGCACCUGCCUCAUGGUGGUUGUGCUGUGCUUUGCUGUGGCGUUCGGCAGCUUCUUUCAGGGCUACGGGCCCUAUCCUUCUGCCACCAAGAUGGCCCUGCCCAGCCAGCAUUCCGUGCAGGAGCCGUACACCGCCUCUGUGGUGAGGUCCAGGAACCUGCUCAUCUACGAGGAGCACUCUCCCCUGGAGGAGCCGUCCAGCCCGGCCUCGGCCGGGGAGCUCGGCCGCUGGGACAGAGGCUCCUCCCUGCUCCGGGCGUCGGGGCUGGAGUCCAGGCCGGACCUGGACCUUCCCCAUUUCAUCAUCUCCAACGAGAGCAGCCUAGAGAAGUCCGUGCUGUGGGAGCUCCAGCAGCACCUGGUCAGUGCCCAGCUGGAGGGGAACGAAACACUAAACGUCGUCGAACUCGACAGGAGAGUGAACGCCACCUUCUGAGCGGCGCCACCACCACCCUCCUCCCUCUCUCGGCUCUGCUUUUACUUCCCAAACCGCCUUUGUUUUGAGCUUUUCCUUAUUCCCACUCAACACGGAUGAAGACAUGGACGAGCAAGCAGUCGUGGCUUUGGCCCGAAGGACGGCCUGCGAUUUCCACCAGCGGUGAGAGCCGUCCCCCUGCAGCCCCGAGGCCCUCCAUGCUGGGGGAGCCGGCAUCUCUCCCCCCCUGCCGCCCCCUGCCUUAGGAGAUCACGCUGGGGUCAGGCAUGGGAAGGUGGGCUUGUUUCUGCCGAGAGUGCUGAGAAUCGACUACCUGCUUCUCACCUGGGGUGUGACCCCCUCUUUGAAGAAGACAGCUCUUCUUCAUCGGAGACCCCACGCUCUGGCCACAAAGAGCUCAGGAUGCCUGUUGGGAUCUGGCGAAGCAGUGACUGAUGUCCCGCCUCCCUCAGCCUGGUCUCCCGUGUGUCCGCCCGUGUGUCCGCCCGUCAGCCCUGGAAGUGCCAGUGUGUCCAGUGAGCGCCGCGCCACCCUGCUCGGUCCCAGCCCUCCAGCCCGUGCCCGCGGUCCUCGCUCUGGGCCGGGGCCCCUCACCUUCUCAGGCCGCAAGUGCAAUGCCUGAAGGAAUCAGGCUUCUCUACUCCAGGCGAACCUGCCCGUCUUGUUGCUUGUAGGACUUCUCCAGAACCCGUGUUCCCUCACCAUUAGAUCCGCCUCCUGGCUUCUCCUCCCCGUUUGUAAAUAGUAUUUAUUAGCUCGCGAGGCUUCCCGCUAGCAACUGCCGAAGAGAUCCUCCCGCCGAGCCUGCAGAGUCUUGGGUUGGACUUGGGCGCUAGGAGGGCAGCCGAGGCUCUGGGAUUCCCAGUCCUCCAGGCCCCGUUUCAUUUCCUUUCCUUCUCUUCGUUCCUGGAGGCCUGUCCCUGUGGGUGGGAAAUCCCCGGAAGCGGGUUCUCCCUAAGAAUGGACUCCGAGGAAAGAUGGCUCCAGCGUGUGAUCUGUGGCCCGGACGCCUAUUGUCCGGUGCCCAGAGCAGAGCAGGGAGGGCCUGCUGGACACCAGGCGUGUCGGACAGCCUUGCUAGCAUGUCUCACCACACCUGCUCCUGGUCCCUCCUCUCCACGUCCCCCUACCCCCACUUUUACCCCCCUCUUCUGCCUCCACACAGGGCUUGGGCCUGAGGCCUGCUCCUGGGGUCGGAGCAGGUGACAUUGUUAUCUACAGUCUGACCUUGUAUAGCCAGGUUUGGCUACUUCGCAGCUCACCCAAAGAGACGUAACCCCACAACCUACUUUUAUUUUAUUUUUUAAUCAUUAAAGACACUUUUGUAGUUUU